UUUUCACUUUUGCUCUUCAGAGUUAAGAUAUUGCUCACUGUUAUAUUUCCUGCUCGAGCGCAUGAAUACGUGUUCCUGCAAUUCCAGGUUCUCCUUCUCCCCCUUCACCUGUUAUAUGGAUGAUAUUGCCGUGGACUCAAAGCUCUACCAAUAGGAAAUCGAUCACAUUCUCACUCGUGAAAUUGUCUGCCCAUUUGUCCUUUUCUUUUUGAGUCGACAUUUGAAUGAAUUUUCCACCUUAACGUGACUUCAAUGGUAGAAAAUGAUUAUCAAGAACAUUUUCAGGCGAUACGAGAGGUGGAACCCUGUGCACCCCACUCGUGGAGCCUUUUGGGGAAUCGGGCUGGGCCUCGGUUGCGGCAUUGGGUGGGGGCCCGGCUUCGGCCCGGAAGUCAUUGGCUAUGUUGGGGCUGGCUGUGGUUUAGGUUUCAAUGUCGGCAUCACAUUGCUGGGCAUUGGAAUUGGUCUUCCAGCCAAUUACCUUUUCACGGUCCCUCACAACGCUUUUAUGGUUACACGGAGAGGUGUAUUAGACAUUGCUCAAGCUGGGCUUGGCAACAGAAGUAUUGAAGGAGACGGAUGGGACAAAAGUAAUUGGCAAGUCUCUGAUUUACGAAAUAACCUACGUGCAUCGUUUUCAGGCUUCAAAAUUGAUGGUCUGAGAGAAAACAUGAGAGAUUUGCCUGAUGUGAGAACUAUGUUGAUCUCCAAUGUCGAGCAGAUUACAGGUUGUUUACAAAGAGCCGGCAGCAGCUUGUUCGCUAAGGAUAAAGUGGUUGCUAGUUUUGGUUCUGCCAAAGUGCUUAGAAUCAGUUAUGAUCUUGGCUCAUACUUUAGCAACUAUAUGAAAAGUUGAGCAGACGACCAUUGAAGGCUGACAUGCUCCAUGACUAGGAUGUCUUUGCAUGUUGCGUCAGGAUUUGAAUCCUGAAAUCGUUAAUGAAAAGGUUGUACCCAAUAGUGCUGCAAUUACACGAGAAAAAUACAUUCCAUAUGUUUUGCCCAUUUUGAUGCUACAAUAUUUUUAUGUUACCUUUUUUUUCUUUUUUUUUUUUCCUCUCAUUUUUGCCUCUUGAAUUGACAUAACACUUCUGACUUUGAGCCGAUUUCUGUAACAUUUGAGAUCACAACUACAAUCUAUUAAUGGUCAAUUGAAAAUAUGAUGUUUCUGUG